AUGUCCAAGGUGGAAGCAAGAGGAAAAAGGAGGAGUGCCAGAAUAGUGGCUCUGGAGGAGAAAGCUCAUGCACUUUCUCUUCAGAGAGCAGAAUCAAAAACCCUAUCCGACAGUGGUAAUGCUAGCUGUAAUGCAUCAUCAUCAUCAACAGCAGCAGCAGCAGCAGCAACCAAAAAUAGGAAGAGAGGCCGCAAGCGCAAAAGUCUCCAUGAUGUUCACUUUGGUGCUUCUGCCAUUCCCCAGGAACAAGAAAUGCCAGAAUAUGAUGGCAUGUCAAUUAAACAUGGGGGGCGUUUUUUUGAAGCCAAUUGGCCAUCUAAUCAAUUGAUGCCAAACAAAGGAGCAUUGGAGUUUAUCCUUGACGUACUUCAACGGAGAGACGUACAAGAGUUGUUUGCAGAGCCCGUUAACCCUACAGAGGUGACUGGCUAUUACGAUGUUGUCAAGGAGCCAAUGGAUUUUGGAACAAUGAGGGCUAAACUUCAGGAAGACAUGUAUACAAGCUUGGAACAAUUUGAGCAUGAUGUUUUCCUGGUGUUCAGUAAUGCUAUGAGAUUCAACGUGUCAAAUUCAGUAUAUUAUGAAGCGGCAGAAGAUCUCAGUAUAUUGGGGCAGCGGCUUUUCCAUUCUCUCAAAACAGAACCAAGGAAUUUCGACUACAUUUACACACGGACAAGACAGCAGAUGUCAAACAAAGCCCAAGGUGAAGCUGGAGGUCCACUUGCUAAGCUUAUGAAAAGUGGUGGCGCCAGAGGUGGUAUUUCCCUAAAUGAUUCCAACAGAACUGAUCAAAAGUAUCUUGCUUCAUGGCAUUCAAAACGGCACAUCAAUCAAUCGACUGGUAAAGUUUCUGCAGGGUCAAGAGAAGGAAGCAGUUUCCUGUCCCCUGAAACGGAAAGGCGUAGCACGUACAUUUCUCAGAUUACCUGGCUGAACAAGGAGAAGCCAAUUGUUUCAGCUGUCUAUAAUAGCCCAAAAUCGCUCACAGAUGCUUCUGAUGCUGGCAUGCAGUACAGAGAAAGUCUGAACAAGUUUGUAGAAGAUUUGGGUCCAAAAGUUAAAGCUGUUGCUGAUAGGAAACUAGGGAAGCAGCCUGUUGAAGCUUUGAGUAGCAUGUCCUGGAAUCCAACCUUUUCUAGUCAGCCCACAAAUCUUUUGGAACCUGCAGCAGGAUAUUCAUUAUUCGGACGUACAGCUUCUGAGAAUCUUGUUCGGGAUGGACAAAUACGUCGUAGUUUUACUGCUAACUCGUCUAACUCCUUCAAAGGAAAGAUGAUAUGCAUGGAUGGAUCAGGAAUGAGCAGUCACAACGUAUUGGGAAGAAGACAGCAACCCAUCUCUGGUUAUAGAAGUGAUUCAUCAGCUGUAGGCAAGUUACCCUUCGGGCACAGCAGUUGUGGAGGAGACAGUUUUUCCAACAGAAACCUGGAUAUUUCUGGUACAUCCGAGGAGAAAACAACUGCCAAGAUUGGUAAUAUGGACCUUCUUCUUGCAACAAUCGUACAAGUGAGUGCAAUGCAACGUCGAAACUCACGUUGUCCAUCAGGUUCCUACUUCCCUCUUACGGGGAAUGGACCUCCUCCGUCGGGAUCCCUCUUCCCAUUUUGGGGUAACGGAGGGCCUCUAGGGUUCCAGCCCGCACAAAUGUUGUUGCCACUAACAAGCAAUUCUUCAAAACCAGCUGUUUCGAGUAAUGGAGCAGGUAAGAGUCAGUUCACGACCUUCUUGCGUGGAGUUGAGCCUCGACACCACCAAACUGUGGAGGGGACAAGCAAAGCUGGUAGCGUACUGGAUCAGAGGUUGAAAGGCAAAACUGUUUACCCAGUGGAUUUUAGCCAACUCUUAUCGUGGACAACUCAAGGAGCAGCCUCGCAAGGGCCUAAUAUAAAAUCGGUUGCAGUGCCACCACGUGGGGACCAACUAAAAGCUUCGUCUAGCCGAGAAAAGGAAUUGUUCCAGACAACAUCCAUGUUUGAUGGAGCAAAUAGAGACAGCAGCCAACAAGCAAAGCCGAGGUGGAUGGCAUAUGAUGGGGGUUCGUCCUCUUCAACUGCUGCUGCUGCUGCUGCUCCACCAUCCUUCAAAAUCGGGCAUCAGCAGCCUGAUUUGUCGCUUCAACUUUGA